AUGAAACCAAACUUUGAUCUUGAAGUUGAGGCAUAUGCAGAAUAUGAAUCUGAAGUUAGCAGCCAGGUUGCUUCCAAUGUGUCUAUUCAAGAAACCUCUAUAGGUCCCUGUAGUGACAGCCUCACCAACAUUUCCAACACCACAAAUCUAAAAGGGAUUCAUCCUAAUUCAGAUGCUAUUUCACUUGACUUAACUCUCAACUUCAAGAAUAGUGAGCCAGGGGGAAGAGAUUCAAUAGGAUUCUCAUUCUCAAGCACUAGUGAGAGCAGCAAUGAACCUGCAUCUCAAACUACAGCAGCGACCAUACCACGAGUCUUCUCUUGCAAUUACUGUAAGCGCAAAUUUUUCAGCUCUCAGGCUCUUGGUGGACAUCAGAAUGCACACAAGAGAGAAAGAACAUUAGCAAAAAGGGCUUUGAGAAUGGGAUUUUUCUCUGAAAGGUAUGCCAAUCUAGCAUCUCUCCCUCUGCAUGGUUCUUUCAGGUCCUUAGGAAUAAAGGCACACUCUUCACUGCACCAUGGUUUCUCACCAACAAUGAGGCCUCCUGAGAUAAAAAACAAUGCAAGAUUUGAUCAAGGGUAUCUUGGCCUCCCAAUAUUCUUGGAGGAUGAUGAGUCAGAUUUGUUGUGGCCGGGUAGUUUUCGUCAGGUUGUGGAGGCAGGUGAUAGUCAUCAGAAUUUCAUAAUGACUGGAAGUUCAGAUUUGAGUUUUACUGGGGUUAAUCCACCUGUAGACACAGAGAACUCAACACCAGAUUUGACUUUGAAACUUUGA